AUGCGCUCCUCUCAAGCUGCAAACGACAGUCAAAGCAAGGCAAGCAGUCAGACAGAUGACGGGGGGGACCUGCACGACCUCUACAAUGCAGAGAUGGCUGCUCACGGACUAAAAAUGGUCGAUUUCUUGAGCGCCACAUCCCUGCACUCUGAAGACAGCGAUGCGGAAAGAGAUACAACGGGGUGGGAAUUGCGGUACUCCACACCUGAUGUUCUUCCUAGAAGUGCUAAACAGCCAGCUUCCACAGGGGCCAGAUCGGUGGAUUCAGAUACUCAAGAAGAUACGACGCAACGAGCUGAGGAGGACCAGGGCCAAACGGUGGAGUUCGAAGAAGAAGAAGAAGUGCAAAAAGACACGCACACAGACGCAUAUAGACCUUGUGAAGAAGAGCGAGAAGUAUCUUUGAGCCUCUUUCCUGAAGAUCCUCCAAGCACAACGCGCAGAGAACAAGCAGGCAAACAUAUGCUGGACUCGACACGAAUGAGCAGCUACAGCAGCACCCGGCUGGUUUCCAUAGGCAACUGCGAGCUGUCAAGGUCCGUUGCAAACGAAGCUGCAGCAGGCCGCUAUGCUUCUCGCAAGCGUCAGAGAACUGUUAAAGAGGAAGGCCCCGUGGCCCCUGAUGCGUCAUCACGUACAGGGGAACGGGCAACUGAAGAAUGGGCAGAAGCUCCAGAGACCACGUGUGUCCGGAAUAGCACAGCUCAGGUAUUCUUUAGCGAGGUGGAGAACUGCUCGUUCGGGCAGAGUCAAGGCGAAAAGCUGCCCUGUACAGGGAUGUUGCCAGCAAACCGAGCACAACCGCCUGCAGCAGCAGCAGGGGCUGCUGCUGCUGCAGCCGCCGAAGUAAAAGCUGCUGCAGAGCACAAGACACCGUGGGCACGAGUGAAGGAGCCUCUUCAAGUGGAAGCUCGCAACUCGUCUGAAGAUACCGCCACUGUCGAGGCAGACGCGUGGCAUGAGGGCAGCACAGUCCCUGCUCAUGAUGCUGAGAACGAAGCAGACGACCAGGAGAGCAGCAGGGGCGUCUGUGAAGGAGAUUUCUCCGGACCCCUUCACCACUACAGCGUUUCCCUCUCGCCCUGUCGCAGUUCAGAUCCGGCAACCAGUCGCUCAACUGAAGUCUUCGAGACAAUCAGCCGAGCCAUCAGCGGAUGCGCGUACGGCCCUCGACUACAUCUGCUGAUUCUUAGCUGUAUGUUUUUGGCUGCGUGGGCGCUGCUUACGCUAAUAUAUCUGCUGGAGGGAGGCAGAGGCUCUCGGUUUUUCGUUGGAUUGGCGGUGGCGCUCUCGUUUGUCCUCUCACUUUGCACUGGAGCUGUCCAGCUGACGGCUUCUCUCGUCAAGUGGAAAGCACUGAAAUGUUCCCUCGAUAUGGACCUCCGCGAACGCAUCUUUGCUUCGCUGAAAAGGUUGCAACUUGAAGAAGAAGCGGGUGAUCAAUCAAGUGAAGGCAAGAAGGAAUGCGGAAAGCUGUUGCAUCUCCUGUGCAGUUCCUUCGCUGGUGCGCCUGAGGACGGUUUGCACGCGAAAAGCGCCAAAACAGAAGUAGACGGAUAUAGCUAG